UCGACUCGAGCAUGUCGAGCAGGUUUCAAAUGUUUUGGGAUAUGUGCUGAGAGUCCCUCUUAUAUUCGCAAUGAGGUACCCCGAGAAGCUUUUGUCUGCACUCCGCGCUAUCGACAAAGCACUCCCUAACGAGUAUACGCCUAUGUAUAUCCUACUCCUGGGAUAUCAUGUCUGGUGUGACUUGUUGGAUCAGAAGGACUUGGACAUACCCAAUCUCAGUCAAACUACCAAUAUCCUUCCUACACAGACAUCAACUGCAUCGGCACGAGUCACCACGCCGCGGAAGUACGAAGCGGCAUUUGGACAAUCCACAGCCGAAGAGGAUCGUCAAAAUACGACGAUUGAGAAUCACUUGUUGGCAACUCACGCUAUGAAUGAAAUCUCACUGGAUAUGCAUAAUGCGUACGAUAAAACACGCAAGGCUGCUCGCCAGAACAUAGACCGUUCUUUACACCAUGCAGCCCUCGAAUACCUGAUGCUCAACAACGAUGCGCCACGCUACGAGGAUCUUGUCGAGCAAUUAGGUAGAAUCGACCGUGGUGAGAAGCUAGAGGAAGACGAAAAACCGCUGGUUAAAGCUGGAAUUAAAUCGAUUUAUGAAGAUUUCUUGGAGGACUUCCAAUACUUGGGUUACACUGGAAAGACAUUUCAUAGUUGCAUGUGCAUAUGCAGCGCUCGAAGUCUGCAAUGCAUUCUGGCCAUGAACAUCCUGGCGAAUCCGCAGGAGAGCACCCGCAAUAUUUUCCCUCGCCGAAGGCGACACCGAUGAGAUUGGAGCCAUGGCCGCUUUCAUUCGAGACUUUUCACAGAAUUCGCGAGCAAAUGACGAUCACACAAGACCCGCAAGCUGCGCACAAUCUUGAGGCCGCACUUGACCUCUAUCCCCUAUUUUGUGGAUUCGUAC